UGAAUUACUCACGACAGCAACCAGUUCAACAACCCUUCUACAAAGCUUCAGUUAUAUCCAACCUUGUAUUAGCACAAUAUACAUCUAGACAUGCUUUCUCGCAUCCAGCGACACUUCAGCACAACCUCCAAUGCCGGCAAGUCCGUAUUCUCCGCGCUACAAUCCUUCGUCGCCUCCCUCGACCCCGUUCUUCCAGAGCCUCUCCCAGCAAAGGAAGAGCAGCAAGUACGGCACCUCGCCAAAAGCGCUUUCCUGUGCGCUCUGGAGACCGUUGGAGAGGCGCCUAAGCAGGCUACGCAUGAUCACUUCUCCUCUGUUUUCCAGAAGAGCAUAUUCGGCGGUGCAGAGUCGGCUGAAAGGGUAGCCAAGGAGAAGAAGGCUGUAUAUGAAGAUAACGUUCGAAGGAUCUUGGCCGGAGAUGCUGUGAAAGAGACGCAGCGCGUGUUGAAGGAAGGGACGUUUUCCAUGAAGUUGUUGCCGACUAUUAUGGGACAUGAGAAACUACGUGAAAAAGUCCAACUUAAGGAAAUUCUGCAGUCUAUGAGGCAGCGUGGAUUCUUGCCUGAAGACACAGCGUCUGAUGCGGUGUUGGUGUUGAACAAAAUCUUUCAGCUACAAUCCGGAGUUCCGAAGUACGCUGCAUCAUCUAUUCGGCGUCAUGCGUUACAGUGGAUGAGUGAAGGUUCAGCGCCUGGCUUGGCCGUUUUGGUACGCUGUGCGUGCAGGAAGAACGGAGUGUCUGUUGGUUUCGAGAUGUUCAAGGAUAUCUUGUCAAGGACGAUCGGCGGUAACGCGCGUGUAGUCUUGACAGCGAUGUUGGCAGAGUGUCGAGCGAGUGGAGAUCGAGAUACUGCAUGGGAUGCACUUUCUCUCUGGGGCGAGGAACUUGAUCGUUUUGGACUUGAACGUCGAGUUAGCGGUAUCUCGCCGUUGUUGAACGCGCAGCUGGCGAGGUGGUUUGUUGAAUCGGGGCGAAAUUGUGAUGUGGAUAGGGCAUGGAGGUUGAUCAAGAAUGCUACUAGUCAUCCGUCGAGGACUCCGGCGGUUUCGAUCGUGACGGUCGGAACUUUAGUCGAUAUUGCCAAGGCAUAUGCGGCGCACGGGGAUUACGAAAAGGCAGAGGAGGUUUAUCAUGGCAUGAAAUCCUCAUGGGCGCUACACGUGGAUCGGAAGAUUUUGAAGGAUUUGAGGUACUUACUUGACAGACAGGAACUGAAGUCCUUACUUGACGGACCUCGGGUGGCUGGACUUUACAGCGGUCUUGGGUCAGCACUGGCCCCGGCCGUGUGA